AUGGCAUUCUCCAAUCCUCCUGAUGGGGGAUCCCCGGAGCACGAGCAGCUAUCCGUGGCAUUCGUCAAAGGUGGCAAGCGGAAGCGUCUCAGCAAGGCUUGCGAUGCAUGCCAUAAGAGCAAGCGCAGGUGCGAUGGGACGGCUCCCUGCAGCAAUUGCUAUUAUGCGUCUAAGAACUGCACAUACACCGAUGCUGCGGGGAGACCUGUCCCUGCACCUCGAAAUACCCACCCUGUAAGACCAGCCGAUGCACACCCGGCAGCUGAGACUCCACCCUGGGCGGGUCAAGCCACCUUGUCAAGCCCUCCGGUCAAUCCGCAGGGUGGAGUCGAACGAGAUCCGACCACAAAACGAUCCCGGAAAGGCCCAGGUGCCCCGGACACUAGUCCUCCAUUGGCUUCCAAAGGCGCUGCCUCUCCGGAGGUGUUCACCCAAACUCCCGACCCCGCAAUAACACAUGAGCUCGUGAACAUAUUCUUCGCCCACUGCAACCCGCAGCGCAUGAUCAUUCACAAACCCUCUUUCUCCGCCGAUCUCGCACUAAGCAAGGUACCAACGUACUUGCUCCUGGCUGUAUGCGCUGUUGCUGCGCCUUUGUCCAAGGCUAUCGCAAGCAAGGCAUCUCAUUCGCGCCUCGCUGGGGUCCCUUUCUUCCAAGACGCAUUGAGCUUGAUGUUUGACAACUCGGGGAGGUUACUUUGCAAGCCGACGGUGAGCACGGCUCAAGCGCUUUGCUUGCUCGAGAUGCACGAGAUCGCCGCCAGCCACUCGUGGACUCGUCACUUCAGGUACUUCGAACUGGCGCUCCAGGUACUGGAAGGCAGCCUCGAGGUGGACCGACCAGAUAACUCGGCCCCCCCUUCGCCCACAGACCCGGGCGCACUGAUGGACUUUGUUGACCGGGAGUGCACCCGGCGCUGCUUCUGGCUGAUCCAGCUUAUGGCGUGGAUCAGCAACAUCUACACGCACCGGGACGUCCGGCCGCGCAUGGUCGAACUCGCGGACGUAGUGCGGUUGCCCAUCGACGAGACGACGUUUGAAUUGACGUCGGUGACAAGCUCCGCUACCUCUGAAUACUUACGUCGACCUGCACCUCGGACGAGGUAUGCGUCGCAAUUUGGCCACAUGCUCCGUAUCAUGGAGAUCUAUCAUAAUGUGGAGGUUGUGUUAACCACCAAGGAAGGUCCCGCCCGUGCCGCCGCUAUGCCUAGUCUCCGCAAGCGGCUAGAGGAUUGGCAUGCUUCAUUACCUAGUCACCUACAAUUCACCGAGGACAACCUGGAGACGCAGGUCACUAUGUUUGAGACCUCCUCGAACUCUGGUGCCUGGUCUUUCUGCUUCAUGCAUGCAAUGUAUCCAUGCUGCUACCUCGCAGUACACGAGGGUGAAGGCACACUAACGGAACCGAUCCCUUGGGUCCGCAACCAGCUCAAUCUGAUCUUCAAUGCCGCCGGUACGCGGGCCAAGACAUCCAUACUUUCGGCUUGCGCGCUUUGGUCCUACAGCAAGUAUAGCCCCGACGACCCGCAGGUGCAGGUGUGGGACCGCGACUUCGAGAAACUGUGGGGUUUCAAAGUCGUGAUCGUCGCCGAGCAAUGGCGGCAGAGCCAGGCCAAGGCCAAGGAGCAAGCACUGGCAGCGCAGCAGCAGCAACAGCAGCAGCAGAAGCAACAGGCACUGUAUCAGCCCCGCGAGCCCCCCUCCUCCAAGUCCAGCUCGAACUCGCCGACGUCCUCGCACUCCUCUCCCGAGGCAGUCGCCCUACAUGCGCAGCCGUACGAGGGCCGCAGGGAGAGUGGGGACCCGCGCGCUCUCCUCCGGACCAACACGCUGCUAGACCUUGACUCGCGGCUGGUGGGCGUCGGGGCAGGGGGAGCCGGGGUCGUCGCCCCGCGCACGAGCCUGCCAUCGCUGCAGCAGGCCGGCCUCCUGGACUCGCUGAACAUGAAGGCGCCGUUCGAGGCGUUCGCGAGCUCGCUCUCGCUUGGGCCGCAGGGCCUGGGGAGCCCUCCGAGCGCCGGGACGGGAUCGGGCCGGGGGCAGCAGUUGAAUCCUGGGUCUGCCGCCGCCAUGCCUGCCGGGAUGAACUGGCUCGUCGAUGCCGGGGGCGGCGGGCGACCAUGA